AUGUUUAAGUCAAGCUAUAGUAAAAGGACGCGCGCUAUUAUGACCAUUAACGAGGCGGUGCAAUCGCUAAAUCCCAGCGUGUCGGUCAAAAUGGCGAUCGGCAUCUAUCUGUUCUCCAACGCUUUGCUAUCCCUCGGCACCGAGCGUCAUCACAAGUUCUACGAAGCCACCAUCUUGAACAGGGAGAUGCUGGCCAGCUUCGCGCUCACGGAGAUUGCGCACGGCUCCGACGCGCGCCUGAUGCGUACCACCGCCACGUACGACCCUCGGCGGCGCGAGUUCGUCGUGCACACGCCCGACUUCGAGGCGGCCAAAUGCUGGGUUGGUAAUCUAGGCAGAACGUGCACGCACACGCUGCUGUUCGCGCAGCUGAUCACGCCCGACGGCACCAACCACGGCCUGCACGGCUUCGUGGUGCCGAUCAGGGAUCCGGACACCCUGGAGACCUACCCCGGCCUGGUGGUGGGCGACAUGGGCGAGAAGAUAGGCGUCAACGGCAUCGAUAACGGAUUCAUAAUGUUCAACCAGUACCGGAUACCGCGCGAGAACCUCCUAAACAGGACGGCUGAUGUCACCGAGGAUGGCCAGUACGUGAGCUCGUUCUCGGAGCCGUCCAGGAUACUCGGCGCGGCACUAGAGAACCUAUCUGCUGGCCGCAUCGGCAUCAUGCAGGAGAGCUGCCACUCGAUAGCGGGCGCGGUCAGCGUAGCGGUCCGCUACGCCGCCACGCGCACCCAGUUCGGCGAGAGGGACAACGAGAUACCGCUGCUCGAGUACGACCUGCACCAAUGGCGGUUAUUCGGCUACGUGGCAGCGGCUGUGGUGUUCCGGAUAUACAUCCAGAACUUUGCCCAAGUUUACCUGAACAUUGUGGAGAAAUCAAAUAUGGGUCUUAAAGUCGACAAUUUGAGCGAGGCGGUGUCCGAGAUCCACGCGAUGGUGUCGUGCAGCAAACCGCUGCUCACGUGGACGACGCUGGAGGCCGCCCAGCAGUGCCGCGAGGCGUGCGGCGGCCACGGCUACCUCAAGUGCGCGAACCUGGGCGACAUCCGCAGCAACCACGAGCCGACGGUGACGUACGAGGGGGACAACAGCGUGCUGUCCCAGCAGGCGGGCAACUGGCUGCUGCGCCAGUACGAGGCGGCGAGGGGCGGGGGAUGCGUCGACUCGCCGCUGCUCACCGUCGCCUUCCUCAAGGAGCACCGCGCCAUCGCCGCCCUACUCUUCACCGCCGACGCCACCUCCCAGCUCAAGACCACGCAAUUUAUCCUAUCAACAUACAAGUGGCUCAUAUGCUGGCUUCUAAAAGAGACCUACGAGAAAUAUGAAGCACUCCUCGCCAAGGGGUUGACAAAGUUCCAAGCGAAGAACAAAUCACAGGUCUACAGAUGGAAGAACCUAACGAAGGCGUACGCCGAAUACCUCGCGAUAAUGUUCAGUCUGGAAUCCAUAGAGAAGAAAGAGAAGGAGUUACAGCCUGUGCUGUAUAAGCUGUUCACUUUGUACGGUCUGUGGUCGUUGGACAGACACUUAGUGGAGCUGUACCAAGGGGGGUACUGCACAGGCGACAAGCCGGCGAGGCUGAUGAGGGAGGCUAUCAUGGAGCUGUGCGCCGAUCUGAAGGGCGAGGUGGUGAGCGUUGUCGACGCUCUGGCCCCGACAGAUUUCGUCCUCAACUCCGUUUUGGGAAAGAGCGACGGAAGGCUGUACCAAAACCUGCAAAAGGCGCUGGUGAGCCACCCAGGCACGUUCGAGCGGGCGAGCUGGUGGAGGGAAGUGGUGCCUUCAGCGAAGCUA